AGCAGCAGCAGCAGCAGCAGCAGCCGCCUCGGCGGCAGUUUUGGCGCUGCAGUGCUGGCGGCAGGUUCGCGGCUGGGGUGGGCGCCGCGGACCCGGACAAGAGGACGAGCACCUGGAGCCCGGCCACAGCCCACGACUUUGCGACCCAGCGGCGGCGUUGCUGCUGCGGGGCUCGGGCGCGCGGCCCGGCGGGACCGAGGACGGCGGGGCGGCAGGGCGCGGGCGCCGCGGGCCGGGACGCGCCAGAUGAUGGAUUUGGAUGUGCUUCUAUGAAGAAAUGCCACGUGUCUCUACUGGUCCAAGAACGAACAUGUCCAGACUACUGCCACCUUAGGGGACUAGGGAUUGGUGACAGCGCUUCCCGGGGAAUCAGGCGUGGUCUGACCCAGGAACAGGAAGCACAUCGUCACCAAUGACAUCAUGACAGCAAGAGAGCACAGUCCUCGCCAUGGCACCAGGGCCCGUGCGAUGCAGCGGGCUUCCACCAUCGAUGUGGCAGCCGACCUGCUUGGCCUCUCUCUGACAGGAAGUAUACAAGAUCCAGAUGAGCCCAUUUUAGAAUUCAGCUUAGCUUGCAGUGAGCUGCAUACGCCAUCGCUAGAUCGAAAACCAAAUAGCUUUGUAGCCGUGAGUGUGACCACGCCACCCCAGGCGUUCUGGACGAAGCACGCGCAGACGGAGAUCAUUGAGGGAACCAACGAUCCUAUAUUUCUAAGCAGUAUUGCCUUCUUUCAAGACUCUCUCAUCAAUCAGAUGACACAAAUCAAGCUCUCCGUGUAUGAUGUCAAGGAUAGAUCUCAGGGAACAAUGUACUUGCUGGGCUCUGGAACAUUUGUCGUCAAAGAUCUGCUCCAGGACAGGCGUCAUAGGUUGUAUUUAACACUAAGGUCUGCGGAGAGCGACCGCGUGGGCAGCAUCACCGUGAUGGGCUGGCAGAUGGAGGAGAAGUCAGACCAGCGGCCCCCCGUGGCCCGGUCUCUGGACACCGUCAACGGGAGGAUGGUUCUGCCCGUUGACGAGAGCUUGACCGAGGCCUUGGGAAUCCGAUCCAAAUACGCUUCGUUGCGAAAAGACACUUUACUGAAAUCGGUGUUCGGCGGUGCCAUCUGCCGCGUGUACCGGUUCCCGACCACCGAGGGCAGCCACCUGCGGAUCCUGGAGCAGAUGGCGGAGAGCAUGCUGUCCCUGCACGUGCCCCGGCAGUUCGUGAAGCUCCUGCUGGAGGAGGACGCGGCCAGAGUGUGUGAACUGGAGGAGCUGGGGGAACUGUCCCCUUGCUGGGAGAGCCUCCGGCGCCAGAUCGUCACUCAGUACCAGACCAUCAUCCUCACCUACCAGGAGAACCUGACCGACCUUCAUCAGUACAAAGGUCCCUCGUUCAAAGCAAGCAGUUUGAAAGCAGAUAAAAAGUUAGAAUUUGUUCCCACAAACUUACACAUACAGAGGAUGAGAGUUCAGGACGAUGGAGGAUCAGAUCAGAACUACGACAUCGUCACCAUCGGAGCGCCAGCAGCACACUGCCAGGGCUUUAAGUCAGGAGGUCUCCGCAAAAAGCUGCACAAAUUUGAAGAGACCAAGAAACAUACGUCAUCCAGCUGCCAGUCCAUCAUCUACAUACCACAGGACAUUGUCAGAGCCAAGGAGAUCAUUGCCCAGAUCAACACCCUGAAAACCCAAGUGAGUUACUAUGCAGAGCGGCUCUCGAGGGCAGCCAAGGACAGGUCUGCCACUGGCCUCGAAAGAACACUCGCCAUCUUAGCAGACAAGACCCGGCAGCUGGUCACCGUGUGCGACUGCAAGCUGCUGGCCACCUCCAUCCACGGGCUGAACGCGGCCCGGCCCGACUACAUCGCCUCCAAGGCUUCGCCCACCUCCACUGAGGAGGAGCAGGUGAUGCUGAGGAACGACCAGGACACGCUCAUGGCCAGGUGGUCGGGCAGGAACAGCCGGUCUUCUCUGCAGGUGGACUGGCACGAGGAGGAGUGGGAGAAGGUGUGGCUGAAUGUGGACAAGAGCCUGGAGUGCAUCAUCCAGCGGGCGGACAAGCUGCUGCAGCGGGAGCGCCUGCAGGGCGAGGGCUGCGACCACAGCCUCCCCGGCGCUGGCAGCUGCGUGGGAAGGAAAGGUAACCGGGGCAGCCAGGCCUACUGGAUCCGACCGGAGGACCCCCUCUGCGACGCCCCCCCCUCGCCACACCCCCCCACCGCAUGCCGCCCUCACCCGACCACACAUUGCAGUCCCCCUCCUGAAGAGUCCAGCCCAGGUGAGUGGAGCGAGGCCCUGUACCCCCUGCUGACCACCCUCACGGACUGCGUGGCCAUGAUGAGCGACAAGGCCAAGAAGGCGAUGGUCUUCCUGCUCAUGCAGGACAGCGCGCCCACCAUCGCCACCUUCCUGAGCCUGCAGUACCGCCGCGACGUGGUCUUCUGCCAGACGCUGACCGCGCUCAUCUGUGGCUUCAUCAUCAAGCUGAGGAACUGCCUGCACGACGACGGCUUCUUGCGGCAGCUCUACACCAUCGGGCUGCUCGCCCAGUUUGAGAGCUUGCUGAGCACCUACGGGGAGGAGCUGGCCAUGCUGGAGGACAUGAGCCUUGGGAUCAUGGACUUGAGGAACGUGACCUUCAAAGUCACUCAGGCCACUUCUAACGCAUCAACCGACAUGCUUCCCGUCAUCACAGGAAAUCGGGAUGGCUUUAACGUGCGGAUCCCCCUGCCGGGCCCCCUGUUUGACGCCCUGCCCCGGGAGAUCCAGAGCGGGAUGCUGCUGCGAGUGCAGCCUGUGCUUUUCAACGUGGGCAUCAACGAGCAGCAGACGCUGGCCGAGAGGUUUGGCGACACGUCUUUACAAGAAGUUAUCAACGUGGAGAGCUUGGUGCGGUUAAAUUCCUACUUCGAGCAGUUUAAGGAAGUUUUGCCAGAGGAUUGCCUACCUCGAUCUCGGAGCCAGACGUGCCUGCCGGAGCUGCUGCGGUUCCUGGGUCAGAACGUGCACGCCAGGAAGAACAAGAACGUUGACAUUCUCUGGCAAGCUGCUGAGAUCUGCCGCCGCCUCAAUGGGGUGCGGUUCACCAGCUGCAAGAGCGCCAAGGACCGCACGGCCAUGUCGGUGACGCUGGAGCAGUGCCUGAUCCUGCAGCACGAGCACGGCAUGGCCCCGCAGGUCUUCACGCAGGCCCUGGAGUGCAUGCGCAGUGAGGGUUGUCGAAGAGAAAAUACAAUGAAGAAUGUUGGAAGUCGCAAAUAUGCAUUUAAUUCCCUGCAGCUGAAGGCUUUCCCCAAGCAUUACAGGCCUCCUGAAGGGACUUACGGAAAAGUUGAAACAUGAACACACGGUUUCCUCUAAUUAGCUGUUAUGUAAUAAAUGUGGGUACCCUCUAGUGUCAUAUAUGAAUUCUUCAAGAAGACCUGAAGGAUUGGUUUUUACUUUUAUGUUUUUAAAACUGUUUCACUAAAGAGUCUGUGGAGCAUGUUUUUUGCGUUGGAAUCCAUAGCAGGUAAUGUUGGGCUCACUAGUGUGGAGAGGUAACAACUGCCCAUUUAAACAGCCUUCAGCCAUAACGACACAGAUAUCAACAGUUACCUGUAUGAAUCAAGCCAGGUGCGUCUGAAAUGCUAAGACUUUUUAAAACGCCCACUUAGGCAGCUGCUCACCUAACUUAUUUUUCUACUGAGUAACUCAGAAUUGAGCAUUGAUUUACAAUCUACUUUUUAAAAAUCUCCAUGUAAAACGGUAAAUAACAGUUUAAAUGAUUGGAUCCCGGGCAGACCACUAAAUGUUAAAUGUUAAGGGAAGUUUCGGGGAAAGACGCUCGCUCUGUCUCAUGCGGUCAGGGCGAGUGCUUCUGGUGCAUCAGCCUGCCUGUAACAGCACAGGUGGAACCAGGAGUUGAAGUAAAAGGCUGAUAAAUCAGCCUGAGGUAAGACUUAUUAGAAGACAACACCUGCAAAGCCGCCCACACAGUAGGGGCCACCCCUGUCCCUUAAAGAACAGGGUGUCUGCACGAGGCCAGCCGUCCCCUGAUGCCUUAUGCCCCAUGUGUUGUCCACGGCCCCAGGGCACGUCUCCCCUUCUUCCCCAGGUCAGGACCUCGCACGUGGUAUCGUCUGAUGCCUCUCAGUCAACAACGGGGGAUUUUGUGUAGACAGUGGAAGCCUAAAUAUUUUCAAAAUUGGUGUCCUCUGGUGGGUUUCCCAAUUUUUCAUCUUCUAGAAGACAAUACAGUCAUGUUUGAAUGUCUGAUGAAAGUGUCUUUCAGGUUUGCAAUAAUUGUUACUACUCAUUCUGUUAUGUAAGAUGGCUAUUGAGAAAGUUGAAAUAUCUCCUAAAAUGGGAUUUUGAAAGGGAAUUAAUGGACCAUAAAACUUAGGAAUUUCAUAGAAAAUUAUGUCUGGUCAUCUAUUAUAAGAUGAUGAUGAGUCAUCUGCACAUAGCAGAGUUUUCUCUUAGUUUAUAUGUUUUUAUCAAUUGUUUUUAUCAUUAUUAUGUUUACAUGUUAUUUAAAAGGCUGUAAAAGAAAUGACGUGGCACAUAUUCAUAAUACUGAUCCUAAUGACUUGUGAACCCUUAGGAAGUUCCUUUAUCUAAAAUUCUUAAUGCUAUUCUUUGGGCUCCUCUAGAAAUGCCGCUUGGAAACGUGUAACAAGCUUGGGUCUGGGGAGCUGAAGCACAGGCAAGACCACCCCUUGGCAGGGACAGAGGGUGGGCAUGAGGUAAGGGUGGAACCAGGGGACCUUUCAGAUCCUUUCCUCCUCAGAAGUCAGUGCACACCUGGAGCCUGCUGUCUCCUGACGCCCACUGGUGAGUGUGAACUGGUGUGGAGGGUGAGUCAGUGAGGGACCUUGGUGCUCACCAGCCCCCGCACAGCUGGGUUCACCGUGGAGGGCAGAGGCAGAGAAAAUGGCCCCGCAGGCCCACUGCACAGGUGGCGGCAGGUGGUGUCAGAUCCUCCUGCCGUGUCGAUUCACGUGCAAAGACAGCUUCCGGUAUGGCUGAUUUAGUCUUUCACCUCCACCAUUUCAUUUAAUUUGUCAUUUUCUAGUAUCUACAUAUUUCCAUCUUUACUCAUUUUAACAUCAUUUUUUAAAACUCCCUUGUAUUUUUAAUGUUACUCAUACAACUUUCAGAUUUUUUUUUUUUUUUUUUUUGGUCUGAAGAGCAUUACCUGCAUUUACCAAAAGGGAAUAUAGCAAAUGUUGUCAUCUGUUAGCGGUUUUGCAUGUGGCACCUUUAUGUGAAUAUUUUCUUAAUUUUGGCUUCAUGUUGGAUCACCAUAAAAGUCGAAGACUUGGCUAAUCACGUAGAAAAUAUUCAGGUUUCAGUGUUCCACCCGAGCAUUACUCCCCUGCUCCUGUGCCACAGUCGGUCUCACGGCGGCACUGCGCGAUUACAGAGCUCGUUGAGUGGGGGCCACAUUGCCCACCGUGGUGGCUGCAGGUACCCAGGUCACAUGGGAGCUUUGAGUUUUCAGUUGGAGAAGGAAGGCGUUUUUACAGGUUCCCGUAAAAUAGAGGUUCCAUCAGUGCUCCUUAUAUAAGGCACCCAUUUAAAAAGAAACGUUGAGACGUACUGAAAGCUCAGAUGUGACGUGGAUUCUGUGAAAGCGUCCGCAGCACAGUUGCCUUUGGUUUCCUUUAAAAACUUACAAAUACUGUAUAAUAACAGUUUUGUCCCUACACAAUUGUAUUUGCCAAGCUUAGUGCGUUAAGGUACUUUAUUUAUUUGUUUUGGACGGUAUUAAUAUAGAUAAACAUAUAGUUACCGUUUUAUAUAUUCUUAGCUCAUUCAAAGCCAUGUAUGCUGUCAAUGUGCUAGUCUUUAGAAUGACAAUAAACUAACGAGAUCAUUAAACCUGGUCUGCCUGAUUCAUUCUGAUACGUUAGGAGGACUGGUUCUGUGGCCGGCAUCUGGCUGGGCUGACGGGCACUGCAUUGAGUGCUCAGUGUUUGUAAACACGAGACAUUUCUGUUUUACAAUCCUGUUCUUAGUUGGAAGUAGAGGGCAGCGAGGUGUGGGAUGCAGCUUCAGACAGACUCGGAUCCCCAUCCUGUUCUGCCUUUCACUGGCUGGUGACUCUGAGCAGCUUGCUCGCCUUCUCUGAGCCUCCCUCCGUGUGCUAAGUAUGAAGUCGCUGCUUUUGCCCUUGGUUCCCGUGCACAUCAGAUUUUGCGUGCACCCUGUAAGAGUGAAGUUCCUGUCUCCCCCAGUCCUGUGGAGAUGCUGCAGUUAAGCCUUCGAAGCCAAAUGCUCUGGGAGCUCCUCUUCCCAAAGACAGACCCCCAGGCUGGGGAGCCCGACGUGGGGCUCAGAACUCUCACUCCUGUGGGAGAACCUCUGCAAUAUAAUUACUCUCCAGUUUGGGGGUCACCCACCCCCUCCCAGGGGUAUUGGGAUUUGACUGUACUGCGAGUGUGCCCCCUCUUACUGUCUCGUUGUGAUUCCUUCUUUAUGUCUUCAGUUACAGAGUAUCUUUUUUGGUAGGUUCUUUUUUUUAUCGAUGGCUGUUCAGCAGUUAGUUGUGAUUUUGGUGUGCUCACCAGAGGAGGUGAGCUCAAGGUCCUUCUACUCCGCCAUCUUGUCCCAGGAACCGAGGAGAUUUUAACCCAGGGUCAUCGUGCUCUCCAGAUCAUCGACCGUGUCCCCACAGUGAGUAUCAGAGGAAAAUCCCCUCAUGCCUCCAGCAGGAGAGAGGAGGAGCCACUCCUGAGAUCCACGUGCUGUAAGCGUGGCCCCAGCGGGCAGUGUGAGGUGACUGGCUUCAGACGUGCCUGAGUGUUGCUGCUCGUACCCUCCCACAUCCGUAAGUGUGGGUGCCGUCGACUCUGGGUUGCCUGGCCAUCCGUGGUGUGACGGCUGAAAUGUCACUCCGCGAAUGGUCUGGUUCUUCGUCAUGGUGCAUCUUGUGCUCGUCACACGUGCCCAGGGAUCUCCCUUGGAUAAAUUCCUAGCGGUAGAAAUGUACAACUAAAGGAUAAUUUAAAUGUUCUGAAAUUUCUGAACUUUUCAUAUUACCAGAGUAUUCCCAGAAAGUUAACCUACCACCCGGAGCACCACCUGCCUUUCCCUUUCUCAUCAGAGCUGGAGACGGCACCUUGUUUCACUUCCAUUCCUUUGAUUACUCUGAAACGGAACAUCUUUUAUACUUAUGUUCAUGCUUCUACUUUUGUGACUUCGAGUGUACAUCUUUUUCAUAUGACUAAGUGUUUUUAAUACACAGUCUAUUCACUCCUCUGUCACAUUUCGUGGUUUUUAAACCUACUUGUCAGCUGUCUUUUGGUUUUGUUGAUGGUAGGUAGGGGGGUCUGCAGAAGUGAAAAAAUCUUACGUGGUGAUAGACACCUGUCUUUUUCUUUUUGCUGUUUGUUGUGAAAUUGAGUCCUGGCUUCCCCACUGGAGGUGACACAGCUGGCCCCCCGUCCUUGUCCAUGAGAGGGUGUCACGCUGUCCGCACUUGGCACCUUGCACAUGCUUGGUUUAAUUCCAUUUAUGGUUCCUGCCUUUGCUGAUACUGAGGUUACUUACAAAAUAUUCACCCGUUCUUAUUUCUAGUACUUACAUGGUUUGUUUUACAUUUAGAACAAUUCAUCGGGAAUGAUUUUUGGCAUAAGGCACAUGUAGUGUUUGCUACGGUCAGCACAGCUCCCUCUCUAAGCCAGCCCGAAUGUUGCUCCUUUAAAGAAAAGCAAGGGGAGACAUUUCAGGACACCGGCCCCCGUCACCGUGCACUCCCUCCUGCCCCGCCUCGACGCCAUCCUGGGUUUCCGUUCCAGCCUGUUAGUGGGUGACUUGGUUCAACCUGGCUGCUUGGUUCUAGGGGCGGUGACUGCGGAGGUUCUGACUGGAAGAAGGUAAGGGGGGCUGGCGGUUGGAGUUUCCCCAAUUGUAAUUUUGCUGAGGACAAAAAUGAUCAGCUGUUCAAAGGGCCGUUACCUUUAUAACUUCCUUACAGGCUGUUCUAAUGGGUCUCCCCUGUUUUUUAAAAAUUUUUUAUUGAUGUAUAAUUGAUUCACAAUGUUGUGUUAGUUUCUGGUAUACAGCAAAGUGAUUCAGUCAUAUAUGUGUAUACCUAUUCUUUUCCAUUAUAGAUUUUUACAAGUUACUGAAUAGUUUGCUGUGGUAUACAGUAGGACCUUGUUGUUUAUUUUAUAUAUAGUAAUGUGUAUAUGUUAAUCCCAAACUCCUAAUUUAUCCCUCUCCCCCCUUCCCCUAUGAUAACCAUGAGUUUGUUUUCUAUGUCUGUGAGUCUGUUUCUGUUUUGUAAAUAAGUUCAUUUGUAUCAUAUUGUAGAUUCCACACAUACGUGAUAUCAUAUUUGUCUUUCUCUUACUUCACUCAGUAUGACAACCUCUAGGUCCCUCCAUGUUGCUGCAGAUGGCAUUAGUUCGUUCUUUUUUAUGGCUGAGUAGUAUUCCUCUGUGUAUACAUGUGCCACCUCUUCUUUAUCCAUUCCUCUGUCGAUGGACACUUUGGUUGCCUCCAUGUCCUGGCUAUUGUGAAUAGUGCUGCUGUGAACAUUGGGGUGCGUGUGUCCUUUUGAAUUAGCAUUUUCUCCAGAUACACGCCCAGGAGUGGGACUACUGGAUGACGUGGUAACUCCAUUUUUAGUUGAGGGACCCCCACGGCGUGUCCACAGCGCCGGGUUCCAUUCCCCUUAGCCCCUUCCUGAAACAGCAAACAGCAAGUUGGAACCAUUUUUGAAGUUUUCUUGCAAGAUCCUCCUCAGCCUGAUGUGUUACUGUGCUGCUGUCACAAGGUGGACCUUCGGGCACAGGGCAACCCCUUAGUCACACGGCAGAGCUCCCGGCGUUGCCGUCUCUUCUGGCCUGGGGAGUGCCAGGAGCCUGGGCCAGUAGAAGGGCCUGGCCUCAGGGCUGGACAUCCUGUUGUGCUCUGGGUGUGGGCCCUUCCAGGACCAGCACCUUCGAGCAAGCCCUUGUGAAACUCUCCACUUGCAGAUGGACAAACUCGUCCCCCACCUCCCCCCCUGCCCCAAAUGUCUUCCCUUACAAGCCUCUAUGAAGAGUUGAUUUUUCAGGAAGUUGUAGUGCAGGUGCUGCUCUGCAGUGUAUGAAACCCUAGUCCAGAAGCAAAAGGUUCCCUGGAAGGGGACAGCUCAGGGCGCCCGACCUGCCCUCCAUGCUCAUGAGGGUUGCCCAGAGGGAGGGCAGAGCUGCCUCACAGGUAUUGAUGAUUACCUUUACACUUUUAAAUGUACCUUCCUCUCAGAGGCCCUUUCCAAAAGUAGAAAGUAAUUAAAUUUACAGUGGAUAAAAUCCAGUAUUUGAGAACAGGAAGGAAAAUAGAAAUCAAAGUGAAAAAAUCUCUGAGGGGUGUAUGUCAACCCAAAAGAUUUUUCAUUCCCACGAGCAUGAAGCAGCAUAGGCACCGGCAGGGGGAGAAGUGACUGGAGAGAUGGAAACUUCUAUUUAGCACACUCCAUGUUCCCACAGGAUUCUGGAAGCAGAGCUGCACUGGCCAGAACUGACGGCCCGGCGCCUUGCUUACGCUGCCUGUGGGCAGUGACACCAGCACAGCAGAUGUCAGCCUACAACGUGUCUGGAAGCCACAUGUUCACUUUUAGGUGGAGAGUGCAGGUGGGGUCUGUGCCGUGCUCUGAACUGCAGCGGGGCCCUGUGAGUGAGCCUACACAGGUGCCCCCCACCCAUGGCCACCAGGGAGACCACCCCAGCCUCAAGUUACAACUCUAUCCUGUGCUGCCCAGGGGAGAAUGCCCCUCCCCAGUCUAUGCUGAGGUUAGGCAAGCGGGUAAUAACUUUGUCUUCUUUUUG